AUGACUCCCCCAAAGCCGAAUAAGCCAUUGCUGCUUUAUUUAUUGGCUGCACACGAAUCCUUGGGAUGCAUGCUCGCCCAAGAAGAUAACGGGGUCGAGAGAGCGGUCUAUUACUUGAGCCGUGGAUUGACCGAUACGGAGAUUCGCUAUACCGACAUAGAAGAAAUGUGCUUGUGCUUGUAUUUUACAUGUUUCAAGCUUUGGUAUUACAUGUUGCCGGUAGUGGUGUACGUACUAUCCCAGACCGAUAUCAUUAAGUAUAUUCUGUCGAAACCAUACUUAAGGAAUCAGAUUGGGAAGUGGGCGAUUGAAAUGUCCGAGUUUACAUUGGUAUAUGUUCCUCAAAGGGCAGUUAAAGGACAAGUGUUGGUCGAUUUCUUAGCCGAUCAUCCUGGUAUUACCUUUAUCGAGGAGACAAUCAAUUGCUGCGAGAUAGCCAUAUGGGAGAUGUGGUUCCACGGAUCCAGGACUAGCCAGGGGGCAGGCACCGUAGUACAUAUCGUUUCGCCCUUUGGGGCAUCUUACCAAUUGUCAUUCAGGCUCUAUUUUGAAUGUACCAACAAUCAGGCGGAAUAUGAGGCCCUAAUAUUCGGCCUCGAGAUUUUAUCCGAGCUGAGAGCAAAGGCGAUCAGUGUGAAAGGAGACUCUUUGUUAGUUAUCAAACAAGUGACAGGGGAAUUCAAAUGCGAGUCUGAGCUACUAGUGAGAUAUUGCAAUAAGGCGAAGCAUCUGAUCGAAGGGUUUCAGGACACGAGGAUAGAAUACACCGAAAGGGCCGACAAUGGCAUCGCGAAUGAUUUAGCUCAACACGGCAGCGGUUACAAGGUGAACCUCCAGUUCGAUACAAUCGAAAGAGAAUCGCCGAAUCUCCAUACUGGGGGCAUUACUUUUGAUGAAAAGAAAUAUUCGGCCUACCAACUCGAUAUCACCCAAUAUUGGAGGACCGAAAUCUUGAAAUGGUUUGAAAAACCAGACCUGAAGAAUAGGAGGUUGAGGACCUUGGCCCUAAAUUACGUGGUUUUAGCAGGUGACUUGUACAAAAAGGGCUUUGAAGGACUACUUUUCAGAUGCAUCGGCCCCAGAGAAGCAAUGCUUGCAAUGGCCGAAGUGCAUGAGGGAAUAGCCGGCGCUCACCAGGCGGGCCCCGGAAUGAGAUGGUUAAUCCAUAAAUACGACUUUUAUUGGCCGAAGAUCGAGCAAGACUGCAUAAGGUAUGCUAAGGGGUGUGAGGCCUGCCAGAAAUGUGGUCCUAUACAGCAUGUCCCGGCCGAGGAAUCACACUCUAUUAUCAAGCCAUGGCCAUUUAGAGGAUGGGCAGUCGACCUCAUAGGGAAGAUAUACCCUGGCUCGUCAGAUGGCCAUACUUUUGUCAUUAUCGCCACCUGUUAUUUAACCAAAUGGGUCGAAGCCAAGCCCCUGAAAUCGCGCACGAAGGAAGCAGUGAUCAAGUUCUUCAAAGAGCACAUCGUUCACCGGCACGGGUUGCCUGAAUCAAUAACCACAGACAAAGGGACGAUGUUCACAGGAGGCGAUAUAAAUUGGUGGGCUUCCCAGAUGAAGAUCAAGAUGCUUCACUCAACGCGGUUGUCUAAAGACUAUUACUUUGAUAAGAUGGUAAUAGACGCUUUAGAUCUCCACGAAGAGAGAUUGGCAGCGUUAGAUCACCUUGAAGCUCAUAAAAGAAGAGUUGAGAGGGCAUACAACAAGCGGGUGAAACGAAAAACAUUUGCGGUGGGCGAUCUGGCGGUGCGUAUUUGCUGGCAAACAUUGACGGAGAAGAACACAAUAGGACAAUCAACGACGGCUAUUUGGAGCCGAAGAGGAGCGAUGAAUAUAUCGCCUCCUUUCGCGGAACGACCUGAGUCGAUGAGUGUUCGUGUACAAGUAUUGAGUUUUUUCGACGGGACCUCCGUUUUUCUCAAAUACAUGUAA